UGAAAAGCAACAAAAGCCAAAAGGCGAUGAAACCAUUGUAGCUUGAAGUGGAGUGAAAUAUGGAGUGAUUUUGUAUUGGGUUUGAGAAGCGGUUAAUAGAUGGGAUCAUGGGAUGAUUGGAGGAGUCGAACAAGGAGACGCUAACACGUCAUGGAUGCGGGAAAUGCGUGUCCACCGUAUCAUCAUCUCUCUUCCAACAUUUAUCACUACCAGAUAUACAUCACUUUACAAUAAAAUCCAUCACUUCUUCAUAUAAACUAUGACAGGGAAGGAUAUCAUCCAAAAAGUUAAGGAAAAGGUUGGUAUAAGUCCAGCAAUAACAUCUGAUAGAGGAAAAGGGAAAAGUAAGAUGUCAAAGCAAAUUACACAUGGAUAUCAUUUGGUGGAGGGAAAAUCAGGGCACGCCAUGGAAGAUUAUGUUUUUGCUGAAUUUAGACAAGUGGAUGAAAAUGAGCUUGGUCUGUUUGCUAUAUUUGAUGGGCAUUUGAGUCGAGAGAUCCCUAACUAUCUCAAAUCUCAUCUUUUUAACAACAUUCUGAAAGAGCCGGACUUUUGGAGUGCAAGUGAUGCUGCUAUCAGGAGAGCAUAUCGCAUAACUGAUAGCACGAUACUGGAGAAAGCCAAGGAUCUGGGAAAAGGGGGUUCCACAGCUGUGACAGCUAUAUUGAUCAAUUGUCAGAAGCUCGUGGUUGCCAAUGUUGGAGACUCUCGUGCAGUGAUUUGCAAGAAUGGUGUGGCGAAGCAGUUAUCAAUUGAUCAUGAGCCUGAAAAGGAAAGGGACACUAUUGAGAACAAGGGUGGCUUCGUAUCAAAGUUUCCAGGUGAUGUGCCGCGUGUUGAUGGACAACUAGCAGUAGCAAGGGCAUUUGGCGAUAAAACUCUCAAGGAUCAUCUUAGUUCAGAACCAGAUGUGAUAGUAGAGAUUAUAGAUGAUGAAACUGAAUUUAUGAUCUUGGCCAGUGAUGGUGUUUGGAAGGUUAUGUCGAAUCAAGAUGCAGUGAACUGCAUCAGGCAAAUCAAAGAUGCCCGAUCCGCAGCUAAACGACUAAAUGAAGAAGCACUUGCUAGAAAAAGCACAGACGACAUCUCCUCUAUUGUUGUAAGGUUCGGCUAGGUUUUUUCUUUCAUGUUUCUUGGACAAAGGUAUGAUUUGGAUAGUUGGCUUAGCUUGUAGAUCACAACCUUAUUAGAACACUUUAUAUUUUGGUGUAUCGUUUAUAGAUAACAUGAUUAUCUCUGUCA